AUCCGUUCCAAGAAUAUGAAACACAAUCACCUGUGCUAUUGUAUUGUACAAAGACGACUAGGAAUCAAUAUAAAUAGAUAACUAUAACCCCACAGAUUCCAGUACGAAAUAUAAUUUACAAUAUCAAUAUAGGUAUCACUCACCAAGCAAGUACCCAAGAAAUCAUUGGAUAAUUGAACAAAUUCCUAGCACUAAACUUCAUCCAAGAAUCCAAUCAACAGUUGAAUCAAUUCCUAGCAUCAACCAUCAUCAACAUUUUGGUCGAAUUAGACAAGGAUCCAGAAUGAGUGUCAAACUAGUCUUUAAUAACAAGAACAAAACUAAAUUCAACUGUAGGUUACCACAGUUGAAUGAAAUGAAUGAGGAGGAUGAACAAGAUAAAUAUAUCGAAGGCCUUAAGAAUUCAUCAAAUGAUUCAAAUAUGAGUCUUUAUUUCAUAGUUGGAGAUGAAGAAACCACAAAAAUCAGAGCACUUGAAGAAUUCAAGUUCAAGUAUGAUGAAUUUCUUAGACAUGAAUUAACACAUCCAGACUUGGAGUUUUGGAAUAAAGUCAGACGUUUUUCUCAGGAAUGCUUCCAAAAGUAUGAGGCUUUUAUGCAUCGUUCAGCUCAAAGAGUGGAUCUUUAUGUGCAAGCAUUUUCCUUACUCAAAAGUGGAUUUGAAAACUACUUAACAGAAGAACGGGUACAAAAGUUGAUUAAGGGUUACUUCAAACGAAAUAUCGUGGACAACGAAUCCGGACUAGUGAAAUCAGGCAGUUCAAAAAAUAUACGUGAAAUUGGAAGAUCAUUCACUUUAGAGUAUAUUAAAGUACUCGAAAAUAUUUCCUCUAAUCCUCAGAUUUAUGGAAACCCAGUAACAAUUCAUCAAAUGUUUGGAUUAUACGAUCUUGAUGUUGGCCCAUUAGAUAAUACAAAAAUAUUGAAACUUGCUGCAAUUGGUUCUUUUAAACCAUGGUUUGAUAGUCAUUACAAGGGAUUUUUUAAAGAAUUCAAUGAAAGUUACAAAAAACAAAAGACAGCUUUGGAGCUGAUCCUACCAUGGAAGGGGUUAAUAAGUGCUGUUGUUGGUGUUGGAAUUUGUUGUACGUUCUGCUUUGGAUUAUGCAAAUACACCAGCUACGAAUUGGAAGAGCUAGCCAAAGCGGUUAUUGCUAAUGUUACUGCUGCUACUGCUAAUACUAUUACUACAGAUAUUUAA